CUCAACGAUCGUCCAAUCAGAUUGCGUUGUUUGCGCUUAACCUCUCCAGUCUGACGUCUCUUGUCGUAAUUUGCUCCACCUGACUUUUGGCUGUUCAUUGUGCAGGUUAUUAAUUACUUUCUGUAAUUAGUAUCUUCAGGGCGAAGUCAGUUUUUGCCAGCUCCUAUUGUUGAUUGAGCAGUAAGGAACCCGGGUGACGAUGACUAGCCCAUCGGCGGGCGUGGUUGUUCCCAGAAAUUUCAGGCUUCUCGAAGAGUUAGAGGCCGGCCAAAAAGGAGUAUCGGAUGGAACCAUUAGCUGGGGCUUGGAGAACGAUGACGACAUGACUCUCACACACUGGAUGGGGAUGAUAAUUGGCCCCCCCAGAACCCCAUUUGAAAACCGGAUGUAUUCGGUGAAAACUGAAUGUGGGCCCAGAUAUCCAGACGAGCCGCCUGUAGCAAAAUUCAUUUCCAGAAUUAACAUGAAUGGCAUUAAUAACAGCAAUGGAGUGGUGGACAGCAGGCAUGUUCCAGUGCUAGCCAGAUGGCAAAGAGAGUACACCAUUAAGACUCUGCUUCAGGAAUUGCGGCGUUUAAUGACACUGAAGGAGAACAUGAAGCUGGCACAGCCCCCUGAGGGCAGCUGCUUCUAGCUGAGUUCGCAAAUAUCAACAAUGAGGAGCUAGUUUCACGGAGGAGAUUCGGAUUAUUUCAGAAACCUACACGGGGGGCUUUUCUCUUAAUGAAAGGCAUCAAAAAUACCACUUAGUAAUACAUAAGUCUUUCCAUUUCAAGUUUCAUAAUGCUGGGUUGUUAAAGCGCUGCCUCUUCCCCGAGUGUAUUUUUCUGAAUCCGGUUUAUUGAACCAGGGUGAUGCUAAUUCGAUACAUUUCUCUGUAGGCGAUACGUAGUUUUUUUGUUUUCAACGUUUCACCAUGCAUGUUCUGUUUUUAGUUUAUCUUUUUUGCACGAUUUGGUGUACAAGUUUUAAAAAAUUCAAAUCGCUCAAAGAAUUUUCCUCUAUUCUAAGUUGCAAAGACUGUGCCGAAUUAACCCUUACUCUGUUUAAUGUAUAGUAAUAUGCUGUAUUAUUUAGCAUCCCAGAUUGCACAGCUUUGUCAAAGUUAUACCUAAUUCUAAGAGAACACUAGUGUUAACCAAUAAAAUGUAAACACGU